AUGGAAAUACAAACACUAAUAGAUUUACACCCACAAGGACCAAUAAACCUCGAUAGAUUUACACCCACAAGGACCAAUAAACCUCGAGGGCGAGGAGGAUAUAAAAUAAAUGUUGUAGAAAAUAUACGAAAAUCCCCAUCGCCUAUAUUUCCGUUAUUGACGCUUAUAAGUCUCAUUUUAAUUCAAAAUGCGGUCAGUUACCAGGUUUGUCUAAAAGAGGAUAAUGGGAUUUUGUUAGCUCCUCCGAAGAAAAUAAAUUGUUCAAUUCCCAAUAAUAAAUUAUAUGAGGAAUAUAGUGUGGAAAUUUUCGUCCCGAGGAAGAGACCAUAUAUUUUUACAGGCUUUAAAUGCGAGAAAUUAAUUUUUGGGAAAAGUACUUAUACAUUUUUACGAAUUUACAACUCAGAAAUCGAUAUAGCUGAUAUUUUAGAGAAAGUUUCGAGUGAGGACUGCUGGAAACUAAUAAAGGAGGGCAGGUUGGGAAAUAAAAUUUUAGAAAGAGUGGAUGAAAAUACGCUAAAAUCAACCACGAAUCUUAAAGUAGAUUGGGGUAUUUUUGGCAACACAUAUUUUUUUGAAUUUGACUAUAUAAUUUCUAUUGGGAAUAUUUAUGUGAAUUUUGAAAAUAAAAUCGUAAAAACAGAUUUAGGAAUAUAUUACAAUUGUUCUGUAGAUAUAGGUGAGUGCGAGAAUGAGAAUAGUACAAUAGUAUGGGAGGAUCCAAAUAAGAUACACUGCCCUUAUGAAUCAGCGGGCUUUUACAAGGGGAUAGUAACUAACGAUUUUGUAGUUAUUGAAAACUUACAGGCAGCUUUUGUAUUUUCGGAACAUGCCACGGGGAAUAUAACAGACGAAACACAAGCUUGCUUUAAGAACAAUACCUUUUAUAUGGAAAAUGAUGUUUUCAUUUCUAUACCAUUAUUAAGAGAUUUUAUUGAAACCGAAAAGGGAUUAAGAAUACCACUGUACCCAGAGGCAGGAAUAGGAAAUUGGGAUGAUAUGGAAGCUAAAAGGAGGAAAAGGGAAUUAAAAAGAGCCAGAAAAAUGACCACUACUACGAAAAUUCCGACGUCAACGAGUACACAGACGCCAACAAGCACAACUCGAAUAACUAGAAGACCACAAAUUGAAAUAAUAACACCUCCUCUAUUAACCACUCAAAGAUCAAUACAGUCGUCACGAAACCCUCUAACAAGUACCCAAAGAUAUUAUAAUCCAGUAACGAGACCUAAAUUUGAAUAUACAACUAGAAGAACGAGCGAAUACUCGACCCAAGGACCAGAAAAAUUAAAAAUUCCAAGAUUAUUCUCUACUACAAAGCAAACUUUUAUAGAAUAUACCACACAAAAAACAGAACUUAUUAGAGAGACAACUACAAUAAAACAAAGAAAUAUACCAAAUACCACCCCCGCAAAUAAAAUAGUAGUUAAACCCCAACCAGUUGAGUCCACAACUAUUCGCGUUUUUACGAGACCGGUUACAAAGCAAAUGAGACCUAUAAUAAUUUCGACUACAGAAAAAAGUCCAGUCACAUAUACAAAUAGAAUAACAGGGUAUAGACUACCAACCACACAAAAAACAACUUUAAGGAUGACAUAUUUAAAAAAUUCACGUCCAGAAACACAAAAAACAUUAACAAAUAAUAUAAAAGUUCAGACAACUACAAACCCCUAUAUUUAUAAGCCCACAGAAGUUCAGUCAACUAUAAGUCCUCAAGAAAUUACAAAUAAAAUAGAAAUUUAUACAACCCCCAGUUCUUAUAUCGAUAAGAAUAUAACACUUAAAAAAGCCAGAAUAAUACCUGCAAAGGAAAAAAUUAAAAUUAGUCGUUUAAAUUUAAGUAAAGCAGAGAAAAAUGAGCAAAAUUACAGGAAAAUAGCGCUAAAUAUUGCUAAAUUCUAUGGACUGAAGCCUAAAUUCCUUAAACGAGAAACACCAUGGAAAAUUGGAGAGGACCAUAAAGAUAAACAAGCCCACAAAGAUACACAAAUAAAUAAUAAUUUAAACACAAAAUUACAAUAUUUAGAAGCCCACGCGACCGAAAUAGUUAAGGAAAAUUUUAAUAAACUAUGGUUAGAAAUUUGUAAUUUACAUAACAAGCAGAUUGAGACCGCUAAGACCAUGAUGGGAAUUGAUACGACAUUAGGAGCAAGACUGUGGCUAAGAAGGCAGGACAUAAUGGCCAAUUUUCUAGGUGAGGUUAUCCAAGUUUCUAGGUGUAUUCAAUUGAGUCCAAGAAAAAUUUUUUGGAGUCAUGAAAUUAAUGGUACCUGUUAUAAGAAAGUCCCAGUUGAAGUUAUUCAAGGCAAUUUAACAAGAAUUCUAUUUAUGGUUAGCGGGUCCUAUGCUCAAGAUUUAGUCUCUGAAAGUGAAAAAAUCGAAUGCGAAAAAAGACCGAAAUCAGUAUUUAAAGACGAAAAAGGUCAGUGGCGAAACAUUGACGGACUCACACCCGUCGACAUGGUACCAAAUUUCUUACCGUAUAAGCCUGAAGAGGCUAGGAAAAUUUUUCGAGCAGAAACUAUAUUUCAAUCCGAUUUAAAUAGUUUGAUGGCAUCUAUUUCAAUACUACACAAUUACGCUAAUAGGAUAAAUAAACAGGAAAAAAUUUUAAGUCUGAAAAAUAUAACAUAUGCCAAUAAUUCGAACAUUCUUCUCCAGAUCGGUGAAAAAACGGGAGAAAUUGUAAAUGCCGGAAUAGAAACUGCAAAAAAUAUUUCAUUAAAUCCGCUAAAUCUUUUUUCCUUUUUCGGGGAGUGGAAAAACUAUUUACAGAUUGUUACGAUUGUGGCACCUAUAAUUGCAAUAAUUGGAUUAAUAAUAUACUUCUACCCAUGGAUACAGCCAAUAUUAUCAUUCAGACCCAAGUGGAAACGGGAACAAAAAAUUAGAAAAGAAAGUUAUCAAAUAAAUAAUAUAAACAGUGUUACACCCAGUGCACCACCAAUCGAGAUAGAAAUGGAGGCCUUCAUACAUAAUAGCGUUCCAAGAAUUUAUCAAGUAUCCAACGUAGAAUUACAACCGAGUUCAGAACCAAACCAUCCAUUUAUUCAAAUAAUAGUAAAUAAUUUUAAGAGCAAAGCCCUAAUCGAUUCAGGCGCAUCCAUUAGCUACUGCAAAUUGUCAGUCGCCGAAAAAAUUGGAAAAAUAAAUUUCGAUUUAAUGCCAAACACAAAAGCAAAAGUAGCUAAUGGAGGUGAAUUUUUUAUGAUUGGUAAAAUUAAUGUUAAUAUAGAAAUUGAUCAUAUUAAAAUUUCCACCCAAAUUUAUGUAGCUAAGGAUGAAUUUUGUCCUUUCGAAAUAUUGUUAGGAUCCGAUUUUAUGAAACAAUUACAAAUUAAUACAGGGUAUCAAUUAAAUUUCGAUUGGAUGAAUAAAAAAGUAAAAUUUUUAAAUUUUGAAGAAAAUGAACUUAGAACAUUGCCAAUGGUGGCAGUACUCGAAAUUAUGCCUACAAAAAAUACAGUUAAAAACAAAGAAAAAAUUAUUCUAGAACCCCACACAGAUAACCUUGUGCCGUGUUUUAUUGAUGAAUUAAUAGAAGAAGAUAUUUUAGUAGGUAAAGGGAAUUAUAUGGACGAAGAUACAAUAUUAAUAGGUAAAACUCUAUGUAAACCGGAUAACGUUUACGCGAGAAUUUUUAAUGGGGGUAAUUCUUUAAUUACUGUACACCAGGGACAAACAAUAGGCUGCUAUUACCCAAUAGAAGGAAAAAUUCAGCCGGGAAUAUACUCCACAGAAUUAAUAGAAAAUAAAAAUAUAAAUAAAGAAAACAUAGAUAAAGAAAGAAAAUGGCAAUAUUUAAAAGACAAAAUAAAUUUAGAAAAAUCAUGUUUGUCGAGAAAAGCACAAACAGAUUUAAAAAAUAUAAUUUAUAAAAAUCUUUACGCUUUCGUAGGCGAAGACGGCAAAAUUGGAUUUUUUAAUGGGCCUAUUGAACAUAAAAUUGAUCUUGUAGAUGAAAAGCAAUACGUUCAAUUAAGGCCAUACAGAGUUCCUCCAGGGUUACAAGAGGAGGUGCACAAACAAAUACAUGAUAUGCUAAAACAAAAUAUUAUAAGGCCGUCUGAAUCCAUUUUUGCCUCUCCAAUAGUGUUAGUAAAGAAAAAAGAUGGGAAAUAUCGCUUUGCAAUUGACUAUAGAAAACUUAAUCAGAAUACCAAAAAACAAGUUUAUUUCUUACCGAUGAUUUCAGAUAUAUUAGAUAAAAUAGGAGGCAAAGCAAUUUUUACCACUUUUGACUUUCAAGCAGGGUUCCACCAAAUAGGAAUUGAACCGAAACAUAUUGAGAAAACAGCUUUUGCAACUUUUUGUGGAGUUUAUGAAUUUUUGAGAAUGCCCUUUGGUCUUUGCGGAGCACCGUGCACUUUCAUGAAGGUUAUGGAGCAUCUACGAAAAGACCUUUCGGCAUCAUUUUUAGUUUAUUUGGACGAUGUAAUAUUAGGAUCAAUAGAUGAACAGGAACAUUUAAGAGACAUUGAAAAUUUUUUAAAAAUAUUAAUAAAAUAUAAUCUAAAAUUGAAAUUAGAAAAAUGUUCCUUUGGGAGGUCAGAAAUAAAAUAUCUAGGAUUUUUGAUAAGCGAAGAAGGAAUUCGGCCAGACCCAAAAAAUAUAGAAGCGGUACAAAAAUUUAAACCACCAAAAACGCUUACCGAGUUAAGAAGUUUCAUAGGCGCAGUCUCGUAUUUUAGAAGAUUUAUUAAAAAUUUUGCACAAAUUAUGGCCCCACUACAUGAAUUGACCAAAUUAGGUGAAACAGUUGAGAAAAGUUGGACCGAGAUACAUCAAAAAGCUUUUGAAAUAAUCAAAGACAAAUUGUUGACAGCUCCAGUUUUGGCUUCACCCAAUUUUACAAAACCAUUUAUAAUUGAAACGGAUGCGUCAAAAACAGCGAUAGCAGGCUGUUUACUUCAAAAACACGAGGAUGGAGAACAUCCCAUCUCCUUUGUUUCGAGAAAAACUACCCCCAACGAACAAAAACAUAUUGCUGCCGAGCUAGAGGCAUUAGCAAUAGUUUAUUGCCUAGAGCAAUUUAGACCUUAUAUUGAGGGAAUUGGAACGACAAUAGUACGGACCGACAAUUCUGUAGCGUGCUCGCUUAUGAAAAGUAGGAAAUUAGUAGGGAGAAUGGCGAAAUAUCAAUUGGCGGUACAAGCUUAUAAUAUUAAAAUUGAACAUAGAAGCGGAAAAUCAAACAAAUUCUGCGACCAUUUAUCCAGAUACCCUAAUAUCGAAACAAAUGAAGAGGAAAUUUUUGCAAUUGAAAGAGAAAUACCAGAUUGGCGAAAUUUUUUAGAAACAUUUAAAGAAAAAACCCAGGAUCAACAAAAAGACUUUGAAUUAACAAAAGAAAUUUUAACUCAACCUGAAAAGUGGGAGAAAGUGUCAAUGGAUGAAAUAAGAGAAGAGCAAGGGAAAGAUAGAAAUUAUAUGAAAAUAGUAGAAGUGUUAAAAGAAAAGGAUAAUAUAAAUAGUGAAGAAGAAAAUUCAGAAGAAAAUCGAGAGGCUCUUGAAAAUUUUUCUGUGAUUGACGGAAUUUUAUAUCGGUGGAUGGAAAGCGAAGAAGAUUCAUACCCAGUUAUUGCUAUACCACAAACACUACGCGAAAGAAUAAUGCGAGAAUGCCAUGAAAAUGAACUUUUAGGCGCGCACUUAGGAAUUGCCAAGACAUUAGAAAAAAUUAAAAAACGUUUCUUUUGGAAAAGAUUGUCAUCGGAUGUCCAUAAUUAUGUGAGUGCGUGUAUUAAAUGCCAGGAGAGAAAAAUAAUGCCAAGUAAUAUACGUAAAGAACCGAUAUUCCCAAUUACAGUACCAAAAUCCCCAUUUGAACGUAUUCACAUAGAUAUUAUGGGACCGUUACCUUUAACAAUAGAGGGAUAUAAAUAUAUUUUUACGGUCGUCGAUGCUUUUUCUAAAUGGCUAGUAGCAGUGCCAAUGGAAAAUCAAACAGCUAUAACAGUGGCACAAGCAUUUUCUAAUAAUUUUAUAACGAAAUUUGGUUGUCCAAGGUCAGUCGUGUCGGACAAUGGGAGACAAUUCAUAAGUAAUAUCUUUCAAGACUUAGCCAAAUUAUACGGAUUCAAGCAUAGAAAGACAACUACUUAUCACCCUCAGUCCAACGGAAUGGCAGAGAGGUUAAAUAGAGUGAUAGCCGACAUGUUGUUCAAUUAUGUAAAUAUAAAAGGGGAUAAUUGGGGUCAUUUUUUACAAAGCGUAGUAUUUGCGUAUAACACAAGUGUUCAGGCAAGCACAAAACAAUCCCCGUAUUUUAUUUUGUUUUUUAGGGACCCAAUAAUGCCCAUAGAUUUAAGACUUAGUAAUUGGGAAGGUAAUACGCGAGAAGAAGAUAUGUCAGAUUACCUAGAAGAAAACGUAAAAGGAUUAAAACAAAUCUGGGAUUCGGUAAAACUAUCUAUUGAAAAAGCACAGAAAACACAAAAAGAUAACGCAGAUAGGGAUAGGAAAGAACAUAAUUUUAAAAUUCAUGAUUUGGUAUUAGUGAAAAUUGAACAUUUACCUGGUGAUCAAGCGCAUAAAUUUAGACCAAAAUGGAGCGGCCCUUAUAGAAUUAUAGAAAUUAAUACCCCUGUUUUAACAAUUAGGGAAAUAAAUACAGAUAAAAUAACAAAAAUACACAUGGAUAAAGCAAAGAGGCUUAUACAAAAUUAUUUAACACCACUUAGAGAUAUAUAA